AUGAAGUGGGCUGCAGAUCGCGAUGUCAGGAUUGUUGUCAAGGGUACGGGACAUGAUCUCAGUGGCAGGAGUAGUGGGGCGUUCGGGUUGAGCAUUUGGACGAGGUGGUUCAGGACUUUGCGCAGGGAGAAGAGCUGGAAUGUUCCUGGACAAAUUGGGGCGGAAGAUGUGUUCGUUGUUGGUAGUGGACUUGUCUGGGGCGAUAUUUUGGAGUUCGCAAUGGAUCAAGGAAGAGUCGUGACCACGGGACAGGAUCCUUCUGUCGGGCUGGGAGGAUAUGUCCAAGGUGGCGGACACGGACCGUUGGCUAGUACCGUGGGAUUGGCCAGUCAGCAGGUCCUGCAGGUCACCAUCGUCACCACCACUGGCGAGAUCCUCAUUGCGAACGAGGUGGAGAAUGAAGAUCUCUUCUGGGCCAUCCGUGGUGGAGGCGGUGGCCAGUACGGCGUUGUCACGGAGUAUGUCAUUCAUGCCAGAGAAUGUCAAGACAACAACAACACAGCCGCCUCCUGGGACGCAGCGGCCUAUCUCAUCCGCAAACUCCCAGACCUCAUGGAUGCCGGCCCUGCAGGCGCAGCAACAUUGUCCUCUGGCGAGACAGCCAUGAAGUUCAAUCCAUCCCUCACGUCGGGUACUGACGGCGCAGUGUUGACACAAAUCUUCUGGUCCUUCAACACCACCACAGAAAAAGUCAACGACCUCAUCCACCCCAUCCUAGCUCACCUCCAGGCCUACGAUCCCUCCAACACGACUCUCAGCGUCACUUGGUCACCUUCCCCUCCAGCAACAUGCAAGGAAUUCUACACCUCCAUCUCCCGCUCCAACACAGCCGGCUCAGGCGGCGUAUCCUCUUCACGUCUGCUCGGCCGCAACGAGACUUCCAUCCCGCACGAGAAGCUCGUCCAAUACGUCCGCCGCGCAGUAGCAUCCCAAAACGCCACAGCCGGGACCUACGCAAUCAUCGGCCUCUCCGGCGGCCCUGGCGUACAGAACGCCGAUGAGUCUCGCUGGGGCGCUCUUUUACCUUUUUGGAGAUCGGCGUACCUCCACGUCUACGUCGGCGGUGCGUCAGCAUCUCUGAACGGAACGAAUACGCCCCAAGAUGUGCUGGAUGAGAGCCCGGCUUGGAUGGAGGAGAAUAAGGAGACGUUGUGGAGGGAGUGGGCACCGGAGAUGGGAGCUUAUAUGAACGAGGCGAAUCCGUAUGAUAGCGAGUUUGCGAGGGACUUCUAUGGGGAUUAUGAUGGGUUGAAGGAGGUGAAGGAGAGGUGGGAUCCGACGAGCAGUUUGUAUGUGGUUAGUGGGGUGGGGAGUGAGGAGUGGAGGUAUGGGUUGGAGGAUGGGAGGUUGUGUAGAGGUUGUGGGUGA